UACCCGGACAGCUGGGGAGUAAUGUCGUGCAGUAGUGAUGGAGGCGUCGUGGGCUGGGACCUUCGCCUGGGACAGUCACUUUGGCAGGUAACAUCGCUGUCAUCGGCCCAGUACCUGACGGCGGGCUUGUCGCUAGACGGGAAGCCGACGGUCCUGGCGGGCCACGCCUCAGGCUUCACAGAGAUUACCGGCGGACAGAUGUUGCAGGAGAUGCCGUACGAGGGUGGAGGGGAGGUGGUGUGUGCAGGCCUGGCACCGGUCAAGACCAUGAUGGCACUGGGCACCACCAAUGGCCGCCUCCUUACCAAUAAGUUCCCGCUCCACAUGGCUCAGGCCUUCACCUCCCUGGCGGCCCACAGCGCUCCCCUCGUCAAGGUAUGGUGGCGAUAG